GUUGGGCCUCACUAGCCUAAGGAGCGCCCCCCAAAAAAGCUGUCGCCCGCCUUGUCUCUCCCUGCCAUUUCGGAAACCGGAGUGGAGUUGGACUCUGUGCUCAACCCAUUUUCUUAGCUGUCGCCAACACUCCAACAAUCCCUUAUAUCUUGCAAGCUUCAUUGCCAAAGGGACCGUCAUCUGUCAGGGUUCUCUUCUGUCUCUUUUUCCUUCCUUGUCGCUCCUUUGCCCUCAUUGAGUCCUCCCAGACUGCGGCCCGUCUUCUCCCUUUCCGCCGCUCCUGGUGCUUCCCAAUGGCGACCUCAACGCUGUUGUCCCGAUCAGGGUCACGCAUCCUACUUCAAUCCUCUGCCAGCUCAAGAGUUAGCAAGAGUGCCUUGCAAAGACUACAAAACCCAGCAGUGGCCCAACCUUUCCCGUGCCUGUCAGUGCUUAGCCGCUACUAUGCCUCGAAAUCGUUUCCCCCUCAUACUGUGAUCAGUAUGCCUGCACUCUCACCCACCAUGUCCGCCGGCAAUAUUGGCGCAUGGCAGAAAAAGGUUGGAGACAAGUUGGCUCCUGGAGACGUCCUUGUGGAGAUCGAGACAGACAAAGCUCAAAUGGACUUCGAAUUUCAAGAGGAAGGCGUGCUUGCGAAAAUCCUGAAGGAAACAGGUGAGAAGGAUGUCGCAGUCGGAAAUCCGAUUGCUGUGAUGGUCGACGAAGGCACAGAUGUCUCGGCAUUUGAAUCUUUCACGCUCGAAGACGCCGGCGGUGAGAAAGCACCUCCGCAGGAGAAACCAGCAGAAGAAACAUCUCAAGCCACAGAGAAGCCAGACUCCGGUUCAGGCACAGCCCCUCCUGGAGAAACCAAAGAACCCAAGCCGGAAGCUGUCGAAGCUGAUACCACAGGUGAGAGGCUUCAGUCAGUGCUAGACAGGGAGCCGGUCAUCAGCCCUGCUGUUAAAAAGCUGGCUCUUGAAAAAGGUGUCCCUAUCAAAUCGGUCAAAGGCACUGGCCCAGGAGGACGUAUCACCCUCGCCGACGUUGAGAAGUAUAAGCCUACGGCGGGUGCUGCACCUACUGCAGCCGCCGGCCCAUCUUAUGAGGACAUCCCCGCGAGCUCGAUGCGGAAGACUAUUGCUACACGACUCCGCGAAUCGAUGAACCAAAACCCCCACUAUUUCGUCUCGACAACUCUGUCGGUAACAAAAUUGCUGAAGCUGAGAGAAGCACUCAAUGCCGCAUCUGACGGCAAGUACAAAUUGUCCGUCAACGAUUUCCUGAUCAAAGCCUGCGCAAUCGCAUGCAAGAAGGUGCCGGCCGUGAACUCUAGUUGGAGAGAAGAUGGUGGUCAGGCGAUCAUUCGUCAACACAACACAGUUGAUGUGAGCGUCGCCGUGGCCACGCCCAUCGGCUUGAUGACCCCUAUUGUGAAGAAUGCCGACAGUAUUGGGCUCUCUGCAAUUUCAAACUCAGUCAAAGACCUUGGAAAGCGAGCACGAGACGGCAAGCUUAAGCCCGAAGAGUACCAAGGCGGCACAUUCACAAUCAGCAACAUGGGCAUGAACCAUGCGGUUGAAAGAUUCACUGCGGUGAUCAACCCGCCCCAAGCCGCAAUUCUCGCCGUCGGCACCACUCGCAAGGUUGCCGUACCGGUUGAGACUGAAGAAGGCACUGUCACUGAAUGGGAUGACCAAAUCAUUGUCACUGGCAGUUUCGACCACAAGGUCGUGGACGGGGCUGUGGGAGCUGAAUGGAUCAAGGAAUUGAAGAAGGUGGUGGAGAACCCGUUGGAGAUGAUGCUGUGAGAGUGCUUGUCGGGUUUGGCUGGAUUUAGCGAGGCGGAUGCAGGGACGGCGUGUACAAAAUUAUUCUCCCUUACUUCUUUGGCAAAAGUUGCGCCUGCAUUUGUCUUGUCCUUCAAUGCUACUAAUUGAGCUUCGGCCAACGCGGUGAAUGCCUCUUGUCAUAACGCUAAGGGAUGGAGAGACAGCAUUGGAUUGGAAUUGGCUGGGGGAUUUCCUUUGUCCGCCCAAUCCUGACCAUGUCAUGAGUACACAGUACAUGAAGGUAGCACAAUGGUGGAUGGCAUUCUUGUUGGAACUUUGACAAUCAUGCUGGACUCCGAACCCAACCAUUAAUCACCCGUUUGGUGACCAAUUUUGGUCCGCAAGGC